AGUCAUAAGUCAUAGGAUUGUGACUGUUGGGACGAUAUCGCUUGAAUAUCCCUUAUUUAUUUUAAAAGCUCAGAGCGUAUAGACAGGAUUAUAAAGUUAUUUUAUUUCGUUUGACACUGGAAAAGGUUUUAAAGUAUCAAAAUGAAUGGCACAAUUACUGCAGCUAUUGAGUAUGACGGCGAUCAAGACAACAUUCAAAAAGUCAUUGAUUUGGAUUCUUCUAUGACUUGGGAUGACUUCAGAAUGAUUAUCUGCUGUAUGCUGCUAUGCGAAAACUACAGAGUGUACUACCUCGACGAUGAAAAUGAAGAGGUAAUAGUUUCAUCAAAUGAAGAAUUUCAACAGACAUUUAAGAUCGCAAAGGAGUCGAACUCUAUACAUUUUAGAAUCGUUGCGGCUAAUUUUGACGAUCCUUUGUCUGUUUAUUACAAAAAUCAAUCAGAAAAAAGAAUAGAUGAAAUUCAUAGUAAUCAAACUGCAUUAAAAAGCUUAAGAGAAGAAAUGAGUGCUUUGCAUCUCACUCCUCCGCCACCUAUAACUCCAGUGGAUUCUGAGUUAAAUUGUGCUAUUUCAUUCGAGGAAGAUCACACAAAAUUAACAGAAUCGAAGGAAAUUCAAGCUAACUUAUCCGAUUUAGAACAAAAAAGUAAUGUUUCACGAUGCGUUAUGACUGAAGUGACAACUGAAGACUCUGCCUCACAAGCAACAAUCGAACCAACUAAUUCUUCUGUUGAUGAACCCGAAUGGUUUCACAGCAGCAUGGAAAAAUACAUGAUUCGUCUUGAGAGGCUGAUGAAAAGAGAAAGUUUACAGAAAGCUAGAUCCGUAGAGGUGCAAACUGCAGAAGAAAAUGGUUACCACAAAAAUAUUGAUCAAGAAAUAUCUGCAAUAGACUUGUUUGACAUGAAACCUACAGAUGAUUACUCAGAAGAAGCGAAUGUUGUCUGUGACAAUUGCCAGUGUUUCAUAAUUGGAAACUACUUCAAAUGCGCCAAUUGCGCCAAUUAUAAUUUAUGUCUGAGAUGCGAAGAAUUCUCCGAACAGAUUCACUUGAAUAGCCACGUCUUCUUAAAACUAAAGAUACCCUUACCUUUUUCGGCUUUGAAGCGGGAUCGUUUCGGAAAUCUGAAACCAUUGUUGAAAAGAAAUUUAUACGAGAUUAGAACUAAAAAGAUGAAAAAGAGAAGACAAGCCUCCACUGAAUUUCAUUUAGAGAAGAAAUCUUGCGAAAGCCAGAUAGAAAACAGCCCUUGUUUAAGAAGACGCAGGGUGAAUCUUAACAGCUCUGAUUUUAUUCGAAAGACUAAUCACAAGCUUGACGCAUUUUUCAUCGGGGAUUGUUCUCAUCCAGAUGGAACAGAGGUUUUACCAGGCACAGAAUUUACUAAGGCAUGGGUUGUUUUAAAUACUGGGGAGCAGGAAUGGGAUAAUUCAGUCGCUAUAACUUAUUUGUAUGGAAAUUUGCCCGCGACGCAAGCAAAUUUCUCAGUCAGACCAGUGAAACCUAAAGACUCUGGAGUGAUUGAAGUAGAUCUCCAAGCACCACUAGAACCUGGACAUUACUCUUGUCAUUGGAUUUUGACAAGGCAUGGUGAACAGUUUGGAAAGAGAGUCUGGUGCAGUAUUGUCGUACCAUCACCUUCAGAUCACUCUUCUUGUUUGGAAGAGGAAAUACCACUUUUAAACCAAUCGUUUGAGUAUAUUGAAAAUUUAGUUGACACUGACGAACAGCCAGAGUCUAUAGCUAAUGAAGAUGACAAGGAAGAAACCUCAAGUAUAGACAGCGAAUUUCUAAUCAUACCAAUGCCCGAUUGCUUUGACGUUACCAAACCGAUAACUACUAAUGUUGAGAUAGAAAAGAAAACUGUUGAUGAUAUACUAGCUGUGUCAUCUCACAUAAAAUUAGAAACUCUUGAGCCAGAAAUUGCUCCCCCACCAUCAGCAGAAUUAGAAGAGCUAUCGGAAAUAUUGGAUGAGGAAGAAACAAAUAAUGAAGAAGCUAUUUUUGUUGAUGCUCAAGAGAUUUCGUCAGAAUAUACACCAGUUGAUGUAACAGUUGAGAAAUGUGAAAUUCAUUUACCAGAACCAAGUCAGAAUACUAAUUUAGAUGAAGUGGCGGAAAACGAAAAUCAACCUGCCUUCUAUCAGAAAGCAAUUGGCGUCUUAAAUAAAGUAGCCAAAGGGGCAGCGUCAGCUGCUGUUGGAACAACGAAAAAUGUAUUCCAAACCCUUCAGGCGCAACAAGCGUACAUUCCACCCCGAUCCAGCUGGACACCGCCUAAAACUUCAGAAAUUCGACCAGUUACCGACGAAGAGUGGAUAACACAGAGAGAGGACGCUAAAAGAGACGAUAUGGAUAAUCUGAUAGCAAUGGGCUUUGCAAAUAGACAACUAAAUUCAGAACUCCUCAAAAAGCACACUAAUUUAGACGCUGUUGUCGACGAGCUCAUAAACAGACAAGAAAAUCCGAUUCGUCAGUAA